AUGUCUGCAAGUACCAGGUCGGGCCGACUGGCCAAAUACUUGGGAGCCGUCCUUCGUGGGAAGCAGCAAGUCCAGAGUCUCAGCGACUUUAAGAGAUUCAUAGAAGCUAUUCUGGACGAUCAGGAUCCUUGUGUUACUAUUGAACGACUUGUCUCCAGCUCGAAUGCUCUGGGUGCCCUUCGAAAUGGCCUAAGAUUCAAUCUCACGCCCGCUUUUAUUAACGAAUAUACAUCGAGGUUUAUCCAGUUUUUGAAUAAUCCAGAAGUCAAGAUCCUUUGUAAUGGAAUUUUUCUUGAACAACUUCUUCUGAUAAUACUGGAACCUCGAACUCUCUGGAACGCGUUUGUGGAGGCAUUUCGCAAGCGAAGACUGGAUUACGAUGCAACUCAUGCCCUCUGUUGGCUGACAACAGAACUAUUGUCAUUGCCGACUUCAUCAGCUGUGGAUAUUACAGCUGAUGCGCAGACCAUCAUAAAUGAUGAAUCGAUUUUUACGUCGCCUUCGAUCUCAUUACGCAGUCUGGGGCAUAAGAUAAAGUACCUCAUAGACAUGAAGUCGUCUGCAUCCGCCAUCUCAUCAGAAGACACAGCAGGUGGUCGGCAUGAUAAUGAUUUUCUUGAUUUCCGUCAGAUUGCUAUUUUACCUACGGCAGAUGAGAUGGGGUGCUCCGAAAGGCCUUUCUAUCGCCGUGUGGAUGAGAUCGCACAGUUAGCUGGAAACCAGCGUAUCGCUGCGCAUGUGGACAACCAGUUCCGACUUUUACGGGAGGACAUGCUGUCCGGACUGCGAGAUGAUAUACAGUUUGCAAGAGGCACAAAAAAGGGACGACGAUCCGCUUUACGCCUAAAGGGCCUGUCUCUGACAAAAAUCUCUUGUAUUUCGGCAGAUCUGCAACACCUUCACCCAUGCACAGUUGGUGUCACUGCCAAGUCAGGGCUGGACAGGCUUAAUGACAUCUCUAAAGAAGAUAGGAAAAACUUCCUAAAAAGUAAUCCUAACUUUGUCAGACAUCGAGCGUUUGGGUGCCUGUUACAGGACACAGAAAUCGUGGCUUUUGCUACCAUUGAAAGGAAUAUUGACGAGUUGAUAUCAACUCCGCCGGUAGUCAUGCUACGAAUUGCAGGAGAGGAGGCUCUAAGGAAAUGUCUACUCUUCCUCAAGCUUUAUGACAACGUGGAAUUCUUGGUUGUUGAAACACCGACUUUUGCCUACCAGCCAAUUUUGAGAUGUCUACAAGAGAGGGCUGUGUUCCCUCUCACGGAAGAGUUAUUUCUUUAUGAAAGAGGUGAACCGGUGACAGAGUCAAGCCUGGCACCUAUGCAUGUGAUCAAUGAGUUGAAGGAGACAUUCAGGCGGAAUAUUCAAGACAUCCUACGAACCAACCAGCCCAUUAUAUUGGAUCAAUCUCAGCUCGAGUCCCUAUUAUCGGGAUUGGCUCAAAGGGUCAGUCUCAUCCAAGGACCUCCAGGUACCGGAAAGUCUUUUAUUGGAGCCCUACUUGCCAAGGUCUUUCAUGAUCAUUCUAAGGACAAAAUCCUGGUGAUGUGCUACACCAAUCACGCUUUGGAUCAGUUUUUGGAGGACCUGUUAGAUAUUGGCAUUAAUGCAUCCUCAAUUGUUCGACUUGGUUCGAAAUGGACGCCCCGAACUCAGCCUCUGACCCUCAAAGCUCAAAAGACGACCAAACCAAGACCUCAGUCAACUUGGAACACCAUGAGAGCGCUGCGGAUCGAGGGAGAUAAUUUGCGCGAGACAUUGAAUAAUUCUUUUACAAAAUAUCGGGUACUAGCAACAGAUGCCUUGUCUAUACUGGAGUAUCUGGAGUUUGAAGAGCCCGAGUACUUUGAAGCUUUUGCCAUACCUGAGGAUGAAGAUGGAAUGAGUAUAGUAGGCAAACAGGGAAAGGAAAUCAGUAAAGAUUACCUUUAUUACUGUUGGGUUAAAGGACAAUCACCAGAUCCUUUUACUGAACUGAUCCCAGAUCAAUAUCGCAGCAUAUGGGCAGCAGAGCAGAGGGUCCGAGACGAGAAGCUUGAGUCCUGGAAGCGAGCUUUACUUAAUGAACAAGCCGCCUCUCUGGCGGUGCAAAUGGAACUCUUUGAUAAGUGCCAGGAAAAGCUGUCCGCGGUCCUUGGCGAAAAGACGCGCGAAGUGCUGAAAGAAAAGCGAAUAAUCGGGUGCACGACAACGGCUGCGGCAAUGUACUCUGAUGAGAUUCGAUCCGCCUCCCCAGGGAUUGUCCUCCUAGAAGAGGCAGGCGAAAUUCUUGAGUCUCAUGUUAUUUCAGCGCUUUCUCCAGAGACCAAGCAUUUAAUAAUGAUUGGAGAUCAUUUGCAGCUCCGCCCAAAGAUUAACAACUAUGCUCUUAGCUUGGAGAAAGGGAAUGGUUAUGACCUCAACGUGUCUCUUUUUGAGAGGCUCAUUCGCGCUGACUAUCCACACACGACAUUACUAAAGCAGCAUCGAAUGUGCCCAGAAAUAUCAAGUCUUGUACGCUCUCUUACCUACCCUGGGUUAGAAGACGACGACAAGACUAAAGCACGCCCCGAGCCUCGAGGACUGUGUGACCGUGUAAUCUUCUUCAACCAUUCGAAUCCGGAAGCAAACUUCUUGGAAAUUUCUGAUCGGCGUGACGAAGAAGCAAAACAGUCCAAACAAAACAUUUUCGAGGCAGAAAUCGUCUUGAAGAUUGUGAAGUAUCUCGGACAGCAGGGUUACGGAACAGACAAGCUGGUUGUCCUCACACCGUAUCUUGGUCAACUGUCGCUUCUGAGGCAGACUUUGAGCAAACAGAAUGAUCCAGUAUUGAACGACCUUGAUUCCUAUGAUCUUGUGCAAGCUGGUCUUCUAUCACAGGCGGGAGCAAAUCACUCUAAGCGACCGAUCAAGCUCUCAACCAUUGACAACUAUCAAGGAGAAGAAAGCGAAAUUGUAAUAGCAUCGUUGACGCGAAGUAAUCAAAAUGGCGACAUAGGAUUCAUGGCUGCCCGGGAACGACUAAAUGUGCUUCUUUCUCGUGCCCGAAAUAUCCUGAUCAUUGUGGGGAAUUCAGAAACUUUUGUCUCUAGUCGAAAAGGGGAAAAUUUUUGGAGACCGCUCAUUGAUCAACUCAAGGCCAGUGGUCAUCUAUAUGAUGGGUUGCCUGUUCGCUGUGAGCAGCACCCAAAGAAGACCGCCAUACUUCGGACCAAAGAGGAUUUCGACACAGAAACGCCAGACGGCGGGUGCGCGGCGUCUUGUGGCGUCAAGUUAAGCUGUGGAAUCCACGAAUGCCCGUCCAAGUGUCACCAGCUCGUCGACCACUCCAAGAUGAUUUGUAAAAAAGUUGUCAAGUGGAAUUGCCCUCGCGGCCACACUUCGUCAUUGCCAUGUUCCAUGGUCAAGGGUGCAUGCCGCUUCUGUACCCAGGAAGAUACCAUAAAGAAGCGAAAGCAUGAACGUGAUCAAAAGCUCGAGGCAGAACGACAAAGGAAACAAACUGCCUACGCUCAGAAACUUGCCGAGCUUCAGGAUGAAGCCUCUCACUUGAGACGUCUAAGAGGUGAUGCAUUUGCUGAUGCGGAGUACGCUAAAGUUCUUAACCAGUAUCGCGAGGAAAUUGAGAGCUUGAAAAGUCCCCAACAGCCGGUCACAAAUACAGUCAGCACCAAAAGUGCCGAGCUAAAGGAUAGAAGAUCAGGCUCUCCCGAGCCAGUAACCUCUGAGAAUAAUGCUGGGUACUCCAAAAACACCAAAACUCCUGAGGAUAGACCCCGUGAGAAGCCGAAAGCCGAACAAACAAUGCCGAAUAAUAUACCAUCAGAAGCCAAGGUUGAGUGGGAUUACCAAAAGACUUAUUUCAACUCCCAAAGCCUAGAAAUUGACUCCUUGAUGGAUAUGGUGGGAUUGGAGACCGUCAAAGCAAAAUUCUUGGACAUCAAAGGGAAGGUAGACCUUUCCAUUCGACAGAACGUUGAUUUGAGCAACGAAAGAUUUGGAACCGUGCUUCUCGGAAACCCUGGGACCGGCAAGACGACAGUUGCUCGGCUGUACGCUAAGUUUUUGGCAGAAGUAGGAAUCAUCCCCGGACACAAAUUCGUUGAAACUACGGGCUCGAGACUCUCAAAUGGCGGCGUAUCGCAAUGCCAGAAACUUAUUGAAACGCUACUCAAAGGCGGCGGAGGGGCUAUCUUUAUUGAUGAAGCUUAUCAACUUGUUCAAGGUAACAACUUUGGCGGUAGCCAGGUUCUAGAUUUUCUUCUGGCCGAAGUUGAGAAUCUCACUGGAAAGAUUGUCUUCAUUCUUGCUGGAUACCAGCGACCCAUGGAGAAGUUCUUUGCCCACAACCCUGGACUUCCUAGCCGUUUCCCUCAUGAACUUAAGUUUGAAGACUUUAACGAUACGGAAUUGAUGCUUAUUCUACAACGGUGGAUUGAAAAGACGUACAAAAAGCAGAUGAAAAUCGAUGGUGGGCCCGGUGGACUUUAUUGCCGCAUUGUUGCUCGGCGAAUUGGGCGUGGCCGCGGACGUGAAGGAUUCGCGAACGCGAGAGCCGUUGAAAAUGCUAUGACUAGGAUCUCUGAACAACAGUCUAAGCGUGUGGUACGGGAAAGACGAAAGGGCACUGCGCGGGUUGACGAUUUCUUCCUCGACAGAGAGGACAUGAUCGGUCCAGAUCCUUCGCAAACACUAAAGUCAUCCAAGGCAUGGCAGAAGCUGCAGGCUAUGAUUGGGCUGGCCGAAGUUAAAAAGACUGUGGAGGCUCUAAUAGAUACAAUUCAAUACAACUAUCGUCGCGAGAUAGAUGAGCAGCCUCUUGCUGAGUACAGCCUUAACAAGGUGUUUCUUGGAAACCCUGGAACAGGCAAAACUUCGGUUGCAAAAAUUUAUGGGCAAAUCCUUGUUGAUGUUGGGCUUCUAUCCAAUGGCGAAGUCAUUGUGAAGAACCCAUCUGAUUUCGUAGGAAGCGUCAUCGGAGAGUCCGAAAAGAACACAAAAGGCAUUCUUGCGGCUACACUAGGGAAGGUCCUUGUCAUAGAUGAAGCCUAUGGUCUCUUCGCUGGAGGAACUUCUGAUGGUACAGGAGCUAGAAGUGACCAAUACAGAAGCGCCGUUGUGGAUACAAUAGUAGCAGAAGUACAAAGCACACCUGGUGAUGAUAGAUGUGUUCUCCUCCUGGGUUACAAGGACCAAAUGCAGCAGAUGUUCCAAAAUGUCAACCCUGGUCUCAGUCGGCGUUUCCCCAUGGAUCAGGCUUUUGUCUUUGAAGACUUUACCGAGAAGGAGCUCAACAUGAUACUUGAUCUGAAACUGAAAGAACAGGGAUAUGAUAUUACUGACCGUGCUCGCCGUGUCGUUUUGGAGAUGCUGGAGCGCGCUCGGAAUCGACCUCACUUUGGCAACGCUGGUGAGAUUGAUAUUCUGCUUAACACAGCGAAAAUGCAUCAUCAGAGACGGCUUUCCGUUAACAAAACUACGAGCCGGAUUUCUGAUGCUACUCUCGAUGCUGUCGACUUUGAUGAGAAUUUUGAUCGCGCGGAGAAAAGCCAUAAUAGUGUUUCAAAAAUGUUUGAAGGCGUCAUAGGAUGUGAAAAUAUUGUCUCCAAGCUCGAGGGAUAUCAGCAGAUGGUCAAAAGCCUUAAACAGCUGAACAUGGAUCCUCGCGAACAGGUGCCCUUUAACUUCAUUUUUCGCGGACCUCCAGGAACUGGGAAGACAAGUACGGCUAGGAAGAUGGGUCAAGUCUACUACGAUAUGGGACUUCUAGCUUCGAAUGAGGUAGUUGAGACGUCAGCAACAGACUUCGUAGGCCAAUACAUUGGGCAAACAGGACCAAAGACGCAAAGUGCCCUAAAACGUGGUCUUGGCAAAGUCCUCUUUAUAGACGAAGCAUAUCGUCUUGCUGAGGGGCACUUUGCUAAGGAAGCUAUGGAUGAGCUAGUGGAUUGUAUCACGAAGCCUAGAUGGGCCGGGAAGCUGAUUAUCAUACUGGCCGGAUACGACGCAGAUAUAAAUCGACUCAUGUCCAUCAAUCCUGGUCUUACCAGUCGGUUCCCAGAGUCUCUACAGUUCCAAUCUCUAUCACCAAAAGAGUGUAUCCAGCUACUCGAUGAGCUCUUAUCGAAGCAGAAAAACAACCUCCUCAAACAGUCGAACACAAAGUUCGAUAUCACCUGUUUGCAUUGCUCGGACCCCGAUCUUAGGGUAAAAAUAUCUCAGGGAUUUGAGAGUCUGUCCAAAACUGCGAGCUGGGCCAAUGCUAGAGACGUUGGGACAUUGGCAAAGGCUAUCUUUGGGAAAACCCUGAAGACGAUGCAGGCCAGUACGGAAGAAUUAAUACUGAGAAGAGAAACAGUAAUUGAGGAGCUCCAAUCUAUGAUCACUGAGCGUCAGGGUCGUGAGGACUCCCAGGCAACAGGAGUCAAUAGCAGCAAGGGAAUGAAACUGCCGCUACGUACGGAAUAUCCGAACUCACCUGUGAUCAACAUUCCAGGCCAAAGCUCGAAACCAGAUGCUGCAUCCAAUGUCGAGGCUAAUAAACCAGUACAAUCCAACCUCUCCCAUCAAAAUUUAAUUUCUGGGCGUGAUGCCGGUGUCACAGAUGUGAUUUGGCGACAGCUGGAGAAAGAUAAAGCCAUGAUUGAAGCGAAAGAAAAGGAGUACUUGCGUUUGAUGCAGGAAGAAAAGGAACAACAAAGGGAACUGCAGAGGAGAGAGAAAGAAGAGGGUAGAGUUGCCCGGGAAGUCGAGGAAGCAAAGCAGCAGAAAGAUGAAGAGGGAAAAAAGCGUCAUGAACAAGCACGGUUGCUGCAUGAAAUGGAACGCAGGAAGCAGGAAGAAAUUGCACGGGAGCUUGAAAAGAAGCGGCAAGCCUUAGCUGAAGCUCAGCUUAAAGAGCAAGCUACUCAGGAAAAGCUUCGAAAAAUGGGAGUUUGUGUUCAAGGAUAUCGCUGGAUCAAACAAGCCAAUGGGUAUCGAUGUGCGGGUGGCGCUCAUUGGGUCUCGAAUGCACAGCUUCAAUGAUCUUCGCCCGAACCAGCAUUAGUGAGUCGAGUAUUGUCCUUAUAUGGCUGUGUCAUUCUUUUGCAUUACUUCUGAGUACCUGGGUAGUGUUGUAA